GGAUCUCUUUAGAUACAGCUUGGCUGGGUGGAACUGUUCUUGGCUAGAAACUAUGAAGAAACAAUUUGCAUAAAAAUUCUACAAGACUGAGGCCAUGGCAUCUUCAGCAAACUUAGAUGCCGGGGCCCAACUAAUUGUAGAAGAAUGUCCCACUAGCUACAGCCUUCCGCCCAUGCCGGACAUUAAAGUGGAGAAUCAGCUUGAAUCUAGCACAGAGGAAGGCCCAGCUCAGAGUGUCGCCAUGGGAAUGAAAUUCAUUUUGCCCAAUAGAUUUGAUAUGAAUGUCUGCUCGCGAUUUGUGAAAUCUUUGAAUGAGGAGGACAGUAAAAAUAUUCAAGACCAAGUUAAUUCUGACCUUGAAGUCGCAUCUGUCUUAUUUAAAGCUGAAUGCAACAUCCACACUUCUCCUUCCCCUGGUAUCCAAGUAAGACACGUUUAUACUCCCUCAACUACUAAGCAUUUCUCACCAAUAAAACAAUCAACUACCCUAACUAAUAAACACAGAGGAAAUGAAGUCUCUACAACACCUCUGCUUGUAAACUCUUUAUCAGUUCAUCAGCUGGCUGCUCAGGGAGAAAUGUUAUAUCUGGCCACACGUAUUGAACAAGAAAAUGUAAUCAAUCAUAAAGAUGAAGAAGGAUUUACUCCUCUGAUGUGGGCUGCAGCUCAUGGGCAGAUAGCAGUAGUGGAGUUUCUCCUCCAGAAUGGUGCAGAUCCUCAGAUUUUGGGGAAAGGGCGAGAAAGUGCCCUCUCACUGGCUUGCAGUAAGGGAUACACAGAUAUUGUCAAAAUGCUGCUUGACUGUGGAGUUGAUGUCAAUGAGUAUGACUGGAAUGGAGGCACACCUCUACUAUAUGCAGUACAUGGGAACCACGUGAAAUGUGUAAAAAUUCUCCUUGAAAGUGGUGCUGAUCCAACUAUUGAAACAGACGCUGGCUACAAUUCCAUGGAUUUGGCUGUAGCCUUGGGCUAUCGGAGUGUUCAACAGGUUAUCGAGUCUCAUUUAUUAAGGCUACUUCAAAAUAUCAAGGAAUAAUGGUUGGCUCUUCUGCGGGUGUCAGUUGUUGGCUUGGAGAUUUGAAGUGCUUUUUAGCCCUCUAAUCAGUGACGAAGGUUGUUUGUUUUGUAACUUUACCUCAGUUCAACUAUUUGCUGGUUUUAGUUAAGCUUUUUCAUAUUCUUCCUCUUCUUUCAUUGUUGUUCAUAGAAAUAUGUCAUCUUUUUCUUAAAUAUAUUUUAUAUAAUUUUAGGAGAAAAAGUCAGUUGUGCUUGGAAAACUUUGUAAAUAAAACCAGUUUUGACCAUCUAA